AGUGGCCUGGGCAGCAGCAGCCAGCUCAGAACCUCCUGACUUAAGGACUAUACAGCACGUGCCUGGACAGCAGCCUUCCCGACCCCCACAGAUCUUUGGGAGCCUAAACCUCCUGGUUUAGCUUCAUAAGAUGGACCUCAGGGUGACAAGUGUUCUCCUCCUCCUGGUGACCUUGGCCGCGGCUACACCAGAGAGAUACCACGUUAAGAAGCAUUCUUAUCCCACCAAGAGCCAUGUCCAAACUGUUGCAGGGGAGCCAGGUAUUCCGGGAGCCCCUGGUCAGCCAGGUCCUAUGGGCCCCCCUGGGCCUCCAGGCAAGAGUGGUAUGGGACAUCCUGGACCAAAGGGCCCACCAGGCCCACCCGGACCAGCUGGCUACUCUGCAUCAGGCAAGCCUGGCACUCCAGGUGGUCCAGGGAAACCAGGUUCAAAUGGUGCGCCUGGUGAAAAAGGCCAUCCUGGCCAACCUGGACCUAUGGGUCCAAGAGGAUCACCCGGUUCCCCUGGAACCCCAGGACCUGCUGGAUACUCUUCUCCUGGCAAACCUGGCCCACACGGUCUGACGGGACCCAUGGGGCCAAGGGGUGAGCCCGGACUUAAAGGACAUCCAGGAAUCCCUGGUGCACCAGGGCUAAAGGGAGAGAGUGGAGUUGGUAUCCCUGGGGCACCAGGUGCAGUAGGUCCAAUGGGCCCAGUAGGCCCAUCCGGUAUGCCUGGUCAACCCGGAGUUGGUAAGCCUGGUGCCACUGGAUACCCUGGGGAGCCUGGGAAGGCAGGCACUCCAGGUAGGGAUGGAGCCCCAGGACCCAUGGGUAUGCCAGGGCUUAAGGGCCACAAUGGAAACCCUGGGGUAGGAGCACCAGGAAAGUCCGGUGAGAAUGGCACUCCAGGUAUGCCCGGAAACUCUGGACCUAAAGGUCCUCAGGGACCUGCUGGACAACCAGGUGCACCUGGCAUUCCAGGAGUUGGCAAACCAGGUGUCCCUGGCUUACCAGGAGACAGAGGCGCACCAGGUACAUCAGGAACCACCGGUCAGAAAGGAGAGCCAGGGCCAACAGGUUACACUGGGGCAACAGGUUCUACUGGUCUCAUGGGUCCAGCUGGUCCCCAGGGAGCCAGAGGAUUCCAGGGAGAGCCAGGUGCGCAGGGACCUAAAGGUGACCUCGGCAUGAUGGGACCUCCUGGGCCAAAGGGAACCAAGGGAGAUCAGGGACAUCAGGGUUACGCUGGCAAGUCAGGUAUCCCUGGGGCAGCAGGCCCACCUGGUUUAACAGGUGCCACGGGACCACAGGGUAAUAAGGGAGCUCAGGGCCAUACCGGAGCUCCAGGUCAGCCAGGCGCAAACGGGCUUCCAGGAGCAAAGGGUCACACAGGAACACCUGGAGGACCAGGGAAACCAGGCGAGAACGGCCUCCCAGGCCCAAGAGGCCCAGUGGGGCCUGCCGGUCCAUCAGGUCAACAAGGCCCUAAAGGUCACCCAGGUCUUCCUGGUGCACCCGGACCAGCAGGCCAGAUGGCAAAGGGAAUUUCUGGUCCCCAUGGUCCACCUGGAGUUCCUGGCUCCAGAGGUCAUGAUGGUAGCCCAGGUCCUAUGGGACCUCCUGGCCCACCAGGUCCACCGGGAGAGAUAGUCUACCACCACGAGAAAAGCAUGCCAAUCAAGAGCCAUGAAAUCGUGAUGCCUCAUCAUGAGAUGAUCAAGGCCCCUAUGUCUGCCUUCAGCGCUGUUCUCACUAGGGCUUACCCUUCAGCGGGAUCACCUAUUCAGUUCAACCAGAUUGUCUAUAAUGGUGAGCAGCACUAUGACCCCCACACUGGCAUCUUCUCCUGCCAGGUCCCAGGUCUCUACUACUUCUCAUACCACAUGCACGUUAACGGUGCCAACGCAUUGGUGGCUCUGUACAAGAACGGUGAGCCAAUCAUGUUCUCAUACGACGAAUACAACAAGGGCUUCUUGGAUCAGUUGUCUGGCAGCACUGUCCUGAUGCUGAAUAUCCACGACCAAGUCUACAUUCAGGUGCCUGACGAGGAGACCAAUGGCGUCUUCGCUGCCGACAAUGUUCACUGCUCUUUCUCUGGAUUCCUGAUUGCCUCAACGUGAUACAGACCCUAAUAAAACCUUGAAACCUUAAAGAAACUAAAGAAAUAACUAAAUUAACAGUUUAGUUUACAACGUCCACUGAGAUCGGGUUUGUAUUGCAGAGUAAAAAGUACUCAUAAUAUUCUAUAAGUUAAUUUGUAUUUAAUGAGGCUGAAAAAGCAAGAUUGGCAAUUCUCUCAAGUAUUCCUUUGAGCAAGGCAUACAGUUAACUGUUAAUAAAUUACAAAGAAGAUUAUAAUUUAGGAAGUAAAUUUUUUUAUAUUACUAUUUCCUUUCUCAGGAUUUACACAAGUGUUCAGCAAACAAUGAUCAAGGAAUACAAAACACACAACAAAAUGGUGCUCUUUUGCUGCCUGUAACAUUUACAGCAGAUGUUUCUUUUUUCGAAGUGUUUAAUAAAUGUCUUGUAAUAUACAUACAAAGGAAGUCAUGCUUGUUUUGUUUAUUUUUUAGAAAUGCUGUAACUCAGAUCGCAGCAGCUUUAACAAACCAAGUGUGCUAUUGCAACACAGAGGAUGAAAAAAAGUCAUUGAAACAUGUAUUAUGUCAACAACUAUAUGCCAGAGGAUGCAUUAUGCUAUGUUCAACAUAUUGACCAGAGUAAAGAAUAAAGUCUAAGUUCCAUAAACGGA